AUGACGUACGCAAGAAAUUAUUUCCUCGUAUAUAUUUUAUUCGCAGCUUGUUUUGCUACUGUUGGUGGAACUUAUGUAACACAUUUUGAAGCAACAGGACAUUACUUAUUAGUUGUAGAAUACAGAAGUUUGAACAUCAUGAUUGGAGAAUUAUUUAAAUUAUUUAAUUUUACGGUUUUGCUUCAAACUGUUAUAGAAAUAGUGGUAAUGUCAGUUUAUGUUAAUAUCAAAAACGCAAUUGCUAAACUGAGAAAAAGACUAUUGAAUUUCUUUUAA